UUUCCCUCCUUUGGGACGGAUGUGGAGUAAAAAUGGCGUGUGGCCAUUUUACGGUGCGAUGGCUACACAUUGACUAGAUAACUAACAAGAAACAAAUACAGCUUAUUAUAUGUCAGAUGUGGAUGAGCCGGUUCACUGUUAACGUAGUAAAGCCUUUGCGGUUCCGACAAAGUUAGCUAAUUAUCGUAGACGAGUUACAGGAAUUCUCCUUGUGCCGAACGGGAGUAAGUGAUAGUGGGAAGUACAGCAUCACACAAGACUUUCCAAUUGAGGACAUCUGUACGCAGCUGCCAGCCAUCUUCAAAGAUGUCUGACAAUUUGACAAGAGGGUUUAGGACCCAGCUGACCACAAGCAUGGACUCAGUCCUGAGGAGAGCUGUGUUUGAAAUAAUGCUGAUCUUUGAGAACAGCCUACAUGACCAUCAAAAAGAGCUGGUGCAGAAAGGAGAAGAGAUUGCUCACCUCAAAAUAAAAUUACAGAGAGCAGAGCUCAAGUUGAAAGAAAGUGAGUGUGGAGGUGACAGAGAGGUGGACAUGAGUAGAUUUCCGCAAACGCAAAAAGAGCCUGAACAUGUUCUGACCGCCUCUGGACAAACGGCGGAUGUUCCUGAGAUUGAUUUUGAAGUACCUGACGACUGGUGUGCUCCCCUGGGCUGCGAGACUGUAACUAAGCAAGAAGAAAGCUUGUGUCCGAGCAUAAGACUGAAAAAGCUUUCCAUUCCACUGUGGCCUAUUUCAAUCAUCAAGCAGGAGGUGGUUAACUGUGCCAUUGAUGACUCUCAUCAGCAAACAAAGGGUCUCAGACGAUCCCUGAGAGGUUCCUCAUUAAACAAACACAUGCAGGACAGAACCAUACCAAUGCUCAGCCGAGGAACUCAACGUUCACCAAUGAGAAAUGACAUGAGACAAUUGCUCCAGGAUAUCAAACAGGAAUAUACUGACCUCACAGGCAAUACAGGUCUUGGAGAAAGAGGGAGAAAUGUACCCGGAAAAGAGCAAAGAAAUACAACAAAGAGCAAAACAGAGAAAAGAAAAACCGCAGCAACUGAGUCUCAAGAAAAGGAGAUGGUGAAAAAUGAUGGUGAAAAGAGGUACUCCUGCAAGUUUUGUAAGAAGGUAUUUAAUACACAGUUUGGCCGAAGUGUGCAUGUACGAUCACACAAGAAGUGUCAAGGUUGCAAAAAAGACUGCCGUUUUCCAAGUGCUCUUCAGUUGCAUAAACAAACUUGCCAAAAGCUCAAGAACUUGUUGGCAAAACAAGCUCAGUCCACUACCCCUCCGAAACGUGAGUCCUGUGAUGAAGAAAACCCGACUGCACCAAGCAAAAAACAGCUGAUCAAUGAGAAGGAAAGUACACCUUUCUCUAGCAACAUUAGUAAAUCACCUAUCCAGAAAGGUGGGUCCACCAAAAAGCACACCUGUGUACACUGCAACAAGACGUUUCAUAGCUGUUCCAAGCUGAAAGAGCAUGUGAGUGUGCAUUCUGGUGAGAGGCCGUUCCGAUGCGACAUGUGCUCAAUGAAAUUCUCCGUUAAUCAAACACUCAAAAAGCACAUAAUGAGAGUCCACAAAGACCAAAUGAAUUCCAGGGAGACAAAUAAAAAGGUUGCAUCAACCAAGCCUUUAGAGGAGACUGAAGAUGAUCAAGAGGAUUUGAGGUCUCCGAAGAAAGACACAAGUCUAGCAAUCAACCAUAAUAAUGUUCAGAAAGAUUGCCGUUCAGGAUGGCAAACAAUGGGCAGACGCUGCCCUGAUGGUUUCAGCUGCUCAUUGUGCCAGAAGGUGUCAAAAAGCAAAUACCAGUUGAUUGAACACUUUUGUACCCACACCGGAGAGAAGUCUGUCAAAUGUGAGAGGUGUACUGCAGUGUUUCGUUUUCGUGAACAGCUAAGCUUACAUAAAAAAAGGUGCCAUCUGCCUAUGAAAGAGACCAAGUGUGCAAAGUGUGAUAAGACGUUCUACUCACAAGUAAAGUACAAUAAGCAUGUGGCUAAGUGUCACAGGGUCUGUCCUAAUCUCUGCAAGGUUUGUGGAAAAGGCUUCUUCUAUAAGGGACGCCUUAAAAACCAUAUGGCACGUUACCAUAAUUGAGCCUGGGUGUUGUCAUUUAUGCUGUUACUGAUUGAUGGUAGGGUUUCCCCUACAAUUAACCUUCUUAGAAUCUGUUUUUUAUUUUAAGAUUAAAUGUUGAAAGGGAAGUCUGCAGUCCCCUGCUGGAGCUGCUCCCCCACGACCCGGUACCGGAUAAGCGGACGAGGAUGGAUGGAAUAUUAAAUGACACCACUAUUCCCCUGAAAAAUUCUAAAACUGUACUGUAAAACCGGUAAUACAAAAGCUGGUGUUGUUGGCAUUGUCAUUUCAGUCUAAAAGAAAAGCCCAGAUGUCAAUCAUCAGUGUCUCUGUCCAUUUAAUAAGGGGCAGGUCCAUCACCAAGCACCCUUUUACCACUAUUAUCAUUUAUUUGUUUUAAUGUAAUUUGAUAUUGAGAAAGUAACACUGAUAUAAAGAGUGUUUUGGUUGGUUCAGUAAAUAUCUGUCAGUUAAAGGCCAUGUAAAUGCAAUAUUGCCUUAAAGCAGACCUGCUCUUUGAUUACAGGAUCAGACGCAAUGUUCUAAUAGACACUAAAAGAAAUGGCCUUGGUAGAAGCUGUAUAAUUAUUGCAUUACACAAUAUAUCAAACCCACCAACCUUGUUUUUGUAUUAACAAAAGGUAAAUGUUUUAUCUGCAUGAAUUAGUCUUUUUGCCUUAACAGAUUGAGCUGUCAAGUAUCAAGUCUGUUAUUCAAACAAUGUUUGCGAUAACCCUGGAGUGUCAAAUGUCAACUCUUGAGGACUUCUUACUUUCAAAGUUAUGUUUCAUCUGAUGCUUGACUCCUGAAACAAGUCUGAACACAAGUGAACAUAUUUUAUGGUUUCAACUGUUCCAACUUUGUUGCUUUUUUUUUUUUAUUCUGUAGGGGUUGUAUUCGUUGAUUUACAUGGACACAAUGAUUUAGAUGUUUUACAAACGUACUCUUCUGUAUUUUCUUUAAACUAUUAGAAUAGUGUAGCUAGACUUAAACAUUGUCAACCUUUCCCCAAUAAAAUAUAUACUGUAUA